UCUAAACCAUUGUUUCCUCCUUGGAAAGAAAUUGAAGGAGGGAAAAAAAUAUUAUUGGAAAAUACCCAUUACAAUGACCAUGUGUUGAAGGCAAACUAAAAACCAAAGAAAGUAGCUAGUUGUUACACUGAAACAUCCAAACUAUACAGUACCCACCAGUUCACCUUCCUCAACAUCCAAACUAUACAGUACCCACCAGUUCACCUUCACCUUCCAAACUAUACACUGAAACAUCCAAACUAUACAGUACAUCUAAAGCCCUCUUUUCUUCACUGUUUCCCUUGUUGCUUUCAUUCUUCACUUCUAAAUCUUGCCAUAUACAAUCACAUCUCAUUAGAGUUAAUCUAAGCUUGUAUAGUGCAAUGGAACAAGCUCGGUAUUGGAUGCUGUCGAAGCCAAAACAUAGCUUGAGCUCUCAUCUUCAAGCAUGCGGUGAUUCAUGGGAAGAACAAGCUUUUGCAGAAGAUGCAGCCGGACCUCUCGGAGGAUGUAUAUGGCCUCCAAGAUCUUAUACUUGCAGCUUUUGUAGAAGAGAAUUCAAAUCAGCUCAAGCUUUAGGCGGUCACAUGAAUGUGCACCGGAGGGAUAGAGCUAGGCUAAAGCAAUCUCCAAGUCCACUUAAUGAAAAUCUUCAUCAGCACCACCAUCAAAAUCAUCACAACCAUAUUCUGAAUCCUUGUACAUCCUUGGAUGUUCAAUACCCUUCUCAGAUUUGUACAGUGGUUUAUAACCCUAACCCUAAUUCUGAUCAUGUUGUUUUUGCAUCACCUCCACUUGCACAAGAGAACCCUAAUGAAAAGACCUUUCUCCCUCUUUUCUCUUCUCCAAUUCUUGGAGAUCAUCAUAAGAAGUCUUCUAUUUUUGCCCCUCCAUCAUGGUCAAACUUGGUUGCUGACCGGUAUUUUGAUGUCUCGGAUCCGAAUAAUGAAGAGAGGAAUAGGAGCAAGGAGGCUUAUUUCACAUCAGAUUUGUCUGUAAGCUUGAAUUUGAUUGUUCGUCGAACUCGCUCUAGCUCAUCUGAAAGCAAGGAGGAGGAGGCUGUGAGUUGCAAGAGGCAGAGAAUUGAUCCGACACGAUUACCAUCCUUCUUGAAAUCAAAUUCAACUGAUACACAACAUCUUAAAUCAGAAGUACUUAGCUCAUCUAGCUCAAUAGAAGACAUAGAUCUUGAGCUAAGACUUGGUGAUCGGCCUGAGGUGAAGUAGACCUGCUAGCAAACUUGUGUGCUUAAUGCUUAUAUUCAUAGAUGAACAUACCAACUUGUUCUUUUGUGCAAUUCUCUUGUUUGAUUUUCUUCUCUUUUCUCUUCUCUCUUCUUACCCUUUGAUCUAAAAGCCAAGGCUUUGGCUUGGCUUUGAGCGUGAUGACUUUGCCUCUCUCUGAGAGUACUUGUGAAUUUGUAGGUUGUAACAAUAACCAUAUGGUAUUCACAGAAAUCUUGAAAUAUUUAUUUGUCUUUUACAAA